AUGGCGGACUACUGGGCUAUAUAGUUUUUUUUCUUUCCGUUGUUUAUAUGCAUAACGUUUCUUUCUGUACUUGCCUAUUUUGCACAUUUCAAACCUGUGAUGUGUUGAGAGUAAGGAGGAAAAACUAAGGUUUGUAGCUAAAGGUUAUAUACGAAACUACCAGUUACGUGAAUAGUUACUGAUAAACGAUAGAUUGGGUUAGUCGCGGGCCUGGUUGCUAUGGUUAAGCUGGUUGUGAUGUUGUCACCGCCGUAGUUGUGCCAACGAACGUGAAAAAAUAGGCUUCUGGUGGUGAGAGAAGAAAAAACGAAAAGGGAUUAUUUAGGACUAAUAUGCAGUUCAGUGCUAAUGAUGAUGAAAAUGCUACCCUUCGACAGCAGAAGCUGGAUAAACAGAGAGCUCUGCUGGAACAGAAGCAGAGAAGGAAGAGGCAAGAAGUUCUUAUGGUGCAGCCAAACCUAGAAGCCAAAACUCGAAGAUCGAAGCCUAGAUUAAGUGACGAACACGCCCCUUUGGUGGAAUCUCGCAGUAACAGUGCCUGUGGAGAUGCAGUUAUAGAUGGGAUUGAUGGUCCUGCAGCCUUCCUAAGCAAUGAGGUAAUUGAUCUAGGAUCAAAGAUCCAUAUCUUAUCUGUAGGAGAGUCUGCAACAGAUGAUGAACCAGAAGAAAUGAAUGCUCAAGAUUCACUACCAGAGCCAGCACCAAAACCUGAUAUCCAAGAGGUCCUGCAGAAACGAGGCAUCUCAGACAGUUUGAACUUUGAAGAGGACAGUGAGGAGGAUGAAGAAGUAGAAGAAAAAGACGUUAGCAGGAGCAAUUCCCCAAAUUCUUUAAACAAAACACCGUCAUCAGCAUUGAGUAGCCAAUCAUUUGCUAGUGGGUCUUCACCAUCAGCAACAAACUUUUCUGCAGACACUCGGUUGCCUGACAUGGAUAGUCUGGAAGAGUUUGCACUCCAACCUGCAAUUCAAGGUGCAACAGUGAGAUGUCGUAUCAGUCGAGAUAAGAAAGGAAUGGAUCGUGGUCUUUACCCUACAUAUUACAUGCACUUGGAUACUGAGGAUGGUAGAAAGAUAUUUUUACUAGCUGGACGCAAGAGAAAGAAGAGUAAAACCUCAAACUACUUAAUUUCAACAGAUCCCACUGAUUUAUCACGAGAAGGCCAGAGCUUCAUUGGAAAACUGAGGUCCAAUCUCGUGGGCACCAAAUUUACAAUCUAUGAUAAUGGAUAUAAUCCACUGAAAGUUCAAGGACUACUGGAGGAAAGCAAUUCAAGGCAAGAAUUAGGAGCUAUUUGUUAUGAAACAAAUGUUUUGGGAUUUAAAGGACCAAGAAGGAUGACCGUCAUUAUCCCAGGGAUGGACAUUAAUAAUGAAAGGAUACCAUUCAGACCUCAGACUGAACAUGAAAGUUUGCUCACUAGGUGGCAAAAUAAAAAUUUGGAUGGCAUCAUUGAACUGCACAACAAGGCACCAGUCUGGAAUGAUGAUACCCAGUCCUAUGUACUGAAUUUCCAUGGCAGAGUAACACAGGCCUCUGUGAAAAACUUUCAAAUUGUCCAUGACAACGAUUCUGAAUAUAUAGUGAUGCAGUUUGGAAGAGUUGCAGAGGAUGUGUUCACCUUAGACUUCAACUAUCCUUUAUGUGCACUACAAGCAUUUGCUAUUGGACUCUCUAGCUUUGACAGCAAGUUAGCCUGUGAAUGACAGAAACAAAACGUGGACUAAGAAUGCUUGCUCCUUAUUUUGGUUUUGGAUGCAAGAGACAGAUGCCUAUGAUACUUAAUCAUAAUUUUUAUUAUUAAUGUUGUCAUCCCUGACUUCAUAAAUUGUUUGGGUUAUUUCCAUUCUUGACAAGAACAGUUCUUAUGCAGAUUUUUCCCAAGCAGCUGAGCUUAGAGCUUUCUGGAUUAAAGAUGGAUAUACCUGCUGUUUUUCAUUCGAGCAAAAUCUAGUUCAAAACAGAGGAUCCUGCCUCAGAACUCUUUUUUUUAGCUAGUCCUUCAAGAUGAAUGCAUUUUUAUGACGUGCCACUUAUUUUGGUUUCUUUGAAAGUCUGUGGAGAGUGAGAAGGAGACAGCUUUUUGAUAUGUCACUUUUGAGUUGGCUUAUGUUACAGAAUUUGACCUUCUAUACCACAAUACUGUAUGGACCAAAGAGGUGGGGGUCUUUUUGCUGUUUUUAUCAUGCUUUAAAUAUUUAUUACUGAGACAGUUGCUUACAGGAGAUUUCACUCAGAUAUCUGAAAUUGACUGUAAAUCAUCAAGCCCACAUUAUAAUUUUGUCUAUCUAGGAAAAAAAAAUCUGAGCUUGAUCUAUGCUCCUUACAAGACCUUUAACUUGGACACAUCUGAAAACUGUGACUAUAGGUAUGACCCAUUCAUUUAUUAUGGUGAGUACCUCACACGACGGUAUUUUUUUGUAUACGAUAUCAAAUGUAAAUACAGUUGAGGGCAGGCUCUUUUUAGUGGGAAAAGUAGAUGGGGAGUGCCUACUGUUGUAGCCUGUUAUUUCUGUCACAGCUGCAAAUGGAUAAUUGUUUGAUUGUGUACGAUAAACAUUCUAGAGAACCACUGUGGUUUUGAAACAUUUUCUUGUACAUGUUGGUAUUUGUUUUGUAAAAAAAUACAGUAAGAAAUCAAUUUAAAAGUCAAGGACAAAUGUGUAUAGCCGUAGUAUGUGAUUAAGUUCAGGGAUAGGUUUGCUGAUGGCUCCGGUCAUAACUGCAAAGUAGUGUCAGCUAAUUGUUCAUUUGUGUACACUAUGAUCAUCCUGAAAAUUAGUCAAGGCUCAGUGUUAAUAUUGGUGCAAAUAAAGAAGUGAAGAAGUAAGUAA